CAGCAGCAACCGGCAGGCCACCGGCGCAAGUAACGGGACAAAGCCACCGUCUCUCCACUUAAGCCACCCUCAGAACCCGUUCCAAUCACAAAAACAGCAGUAAUGUCAACCACCGCUUCCUCCCGUCCAGUCGACAUGCUCAUCCUCGGCAUGGGCUGGUCCGGCACCUACGUGGCGACCCUCCUCACCUCUCUCGACAUUUCGUUUGAGGCUACUACGACAACGGGACGCGAUGGGACGCUAAAAUUUGAAUAUGACCCGGACUCAACUGACCCGACGCCGUUUGAACAGCUGCCGGAUGCGAAGACUGUGCUUGUUACGUUUCCGUUGAGGGGGAAGCAGUCCGCUCUCAAUCUGGCAGAUCUGUAUGAGCAGACCCAUGCAAGUACCGCAGUGACGCAGCAAUAUAUCCUGCUAGGCUCGACGAGGCCUUACAGCACGACCGCAGGCGACGCAGGCGACGUCUGGGUAGAUCGCAACAGCAACCCGGACCUGACUAUCGACGCCCCGCGGCAGGAGGCCGAGGCCGCUCUCCUUGCUCGUGGAGGCCGCGGCGGGCGUGGGAGUGGGUGCGUCCUAAACCUCGCGGGUCUAUAUGGCGGCACCCGGGACCCGCGCAACUGGGUCCCCCGCGUUGCCCCCGAUCUCCCCGCCUUACGUGGAAAGGGCUCCCUGCAUGUGAUCCACGGGGAAGACGUGGCGCAAGCGGUGCUGGCAGUGUCUCGCGAUUUUACGCCGGGAGAAAGGUGGUUGGUGACGGAUACGAGGGUGUAUUGCUGGUGGGAUUUGGCCGCGGCGUGGGGUGACCGCGAUGAAGCCCGUUGGGUGUUGCGGUUGAUGGAGGAGGCGGGUGUACGGGGGCUGCCGAGGCCGGUUGAGAUGCUUGGUCGCGCUGUCGAUUCCACUGCUUUCUGGAGGAGGUUCGGAGUGGUCCCGCUCAGGCCGUCGCUGAAACCGUAAGGAAGUAUCACUGGGCGUAGUUAAGGAUGUGGCGUAUGGGUCUGGUCGAACUGCCUUUUGAAGCACACAUUCUUUUUGGCGAAUUGAAUUCUUCGCAUGAACAAAUCAUU